UGAAUCAGAUCGUCGAUAGAGAGCCGCGGAUGCUCGUAAGUAUUAUUACCGAUUCCUUCUUUUUUUCGAUAGAUGGUUCCAUUCCAGUCGAGUCUCAGCGCUCAGAACUCACAGUGCGCCACGUCUUGACCCACUUAAGUUAAGAUAAGACCCUGGUCCCAGGGCUCAACCUCUGGUUACCUAUACGCCCCUUUCUGCACUACUCAGGACUUGGCGCACCAGCCAGCAAUUCCCCCUCUCACCGAAUUUCCACUUUACAAAGCAACUAUGACCUCUAUACAAGUGGCGCGCCAACUCUUGGAUCAUAUGACCAAGUCUCUCGAUGUUAUCGAGCAAACUUGCGCUACGAAUGGAACGAAGCUUCCUGAGUUGAACGAGCCCUUCUCCCCACCAACCGAAGCGUUCAGAGCGGACCCGAAAGUCGCAGAGGCCGCCAGCAUCGCCAGUGCUGCAGCCGUUCACCUCGCCGCGAUUCUUACCCCCCCUCAAGUUACUCUCUAUCAUUUCACCGGCGGACAUUUUAGGGCUGCAGCCAUUCGUGCUUGCCUUGAGUCAAACGUAACCGAAAUUCUACGCGAAGCUGGUCCUCAGGGACUGCACGUCAAGGACAUCGCGGCGAAGAAUGGCCAGGAUCCUCUAAAACUCGGCCGUUUCCUCCGUUUCCUCGCUACGAAUCAUGUAUACAGAGAGGUAACACCGGACGUGUUUGCCAACACACGCAUUUCCAGUAUGCUCGAUACGUUGAAGCCAAGCGCAGAAAUCAUCGCGAAACCCGAAUCCAAGCAUGUCGGGACUUUUGGAUUCCCCGCCUUUCUGUCGCACCACCUCGACGAAGCAUUCAAAGCGGCUGCGUGGUCUUGGGAGGUGCUGGAAGACCCGAAAACGAGGAAAUCCGGAGAUCCUCACGCAUCUCCAUUUGCUCGCGCUCUCAAAACUGACCAGACACUCUGGGAGUUCUAUGAGAGGCCGGAAGAGUCAUUCCGUCAACAGCGUUUCGCCAUUGGUAUGCACGGGGUCCAGGCGCUCGAGCCUCCCGAUUCCAUUCUUGGAGCCUUCGACUGGAAGAGCCUUCCUGCGGAUUCCUUAGUGGUCGACGUCGGAGGUGGCGUGGGAACGUCAUCCAUGUCGCUCGCCACCCACUUCCCUCAGCUCAAGAUUGUCGUUCAAGACCUCCCGGGCGCUAUUGAGGAAGGAAAAACUAUCUGGGCAGAGAAGCACCCCGAAGCUUUCAAAUCCGGUCGUGUACAACUCGAGGCACACGACUUCUUUAAGCCGCAGCCCCGUAAAAACGCGUCCGUGUUCCUCCUCAAGCAGAUCACUCACGACUGGUCCGACGAGUUCUGCGUCAAAUUCCUCACUCGGCUCAGCGAGGCCGCCACGAAGAACACAGUCCUUUUACUCGUCGACAGCGUCAUGCCAUUUGCGUGCCACGAUAGCCACGGAGAUGCCAAUGAUGAUAUUCCAGGUGCAGUACCUCGUGAGGCUCCUGCCCCGCUCCUCGCAAACUACGGUCACACCAACCUGAUGGGGUAUAAUGCCGAUAUCGACAUGUUCUUGCUGUUCAACUCGCAGGAGAGAACGAUCCGCCACAUCAACGACCUUCUGCGUGGUUGCGGGUGGAAGGUCGUCAAGGUGAAUCGCCACGAAGGUGGAGACAGCACAUUUUUGCAGGCUAUUGAAGCGGUGUCCUUUCGGGCCUAAGCGCCUUCGGGCGAAGAUAUUCCGUGCUUUCGCGAAGAAAUUUAAACGUCGAGGCUCUUAGCUGUCCGUGUACAAGGCCACAUUCUCUUCAUUUGUCCGAGUUCGAUACUCCGUGUACAUUAUCGCCCCCGUAUCAAAUUUCGUUCCCAA